CUUUCACUCCCUCUAAUGGAGCGCGCGCCUCUCCCUUCCUACGUAAGCCUCCGGGAACUCGGUAAAGGAAAAGUUUCGAGAGAAAAACGUUGCCAUUCUACGUGUGUGGAUGGAUAUGGCCUUCAGCUGAAGAAAAACUGGCGAAAUGCCGAGGAAUCCUGACAAUAACUAAAGGAAAAGUGGAACAGGCAGCGAGUCCGUGAUUUUCUCUUUCGUUUAAUGUAAAGUUUUAGCUGGAGGAACAGGAGUAACGAAGAGAAACGGAAUUUACCGGCGACUUUUUCCGUUUCUUAAAAAAAAAAAAUAAUAAUAAAGGACACGACACUAAACACCAAAUGGACCUUAAUCUGACGUUAAUCAUUUGACUUGCGUGUGUUGAGUGAGAAAAGAGAAGAACCGAAAAAAGUUUAAACUUCACAAAUAAUCUGGACAAAGAACUAUGGCAAAGAAAUACGACUUCCUGUUUAAAUUACUGCUGAUUGGUGACAGCGGGGUGGGAAAAACAUGUCUGAUCAUCCGUUUCGCCGAGGAUAACUUUAAUUCAACCUACAUAUCGACUAUCGGUAUUGACUUUAAAGUGAAGACCAUUGAGGUCGAAGGGAAGAAAGUCAAGUUGCAAGUCUGGGAUACAGCAGGGCAGGAGAGAUUUAAGACCAUCACUACAGCUUAUUACAGAGGAGCUAUGGGUAUCAUCCUGGUAUAUGACAUUACUGAUGAGAAAUCCUUUGAGAACAUUCAAAACUGGAUGAAGAGCAUCAAAGAGAAUGCUUCAGCAGGAGUGAGCCGAAUGCUGCUGGGCAACAAGUGUGACAUCGAAGCCAAGAGAAAGGUGUCGAAGGAGAUGGGCGAGAAGCUCGCAAAGGACCAUGGGAUUCGAUUCUUUGAGACGAGUGCAAAGUCAAGCAUCAAUGUUGAGGAGUCCUUCAUUGCUUUAGCUCGAGAUAUCUUGAUGAAAUCUAGCAUGAAGCCGGGCUCAAGUGGCCGUGAAGUCAGACUCACUAACACCACCCCGGAGAAAAAGGCAUCCAAGUGUCUUCUGUUGUAAACGCAUCAUCAGCAAACACUCCAGACCCCUGACAAUGCAUCAGUAUUACACACAGAGGGAUUAUUAAGUAUAGAACAUUAUAAAAAUUUAGCAAUAUGUAUAAAAUGAGCAAAAAUGCAAAAUGAUUUUUUUUUUUUUUUAGGUUUUGUUUAUCACAUCACAGCAGGUCAUUCUGUAGUUAGUUGAGUUUGAGUUAUGCAUUGUUUUAAACAUUCUCAACUUUCAUAUUUCAGAUAGAGUUCAUGUUCAUAAGAAAGAAUGCUUGGUUAAAAUGCUGUUGGUAUUUAUACUGUCUGUCCUCCCAGCUAUGAGCGCUGGCACGUUCGAUUUCAAAGGUACCACAGUUGAAAGGUCUGACCAUUUUACAAAUUGUUAAAGUACUUGUAUUUUUUUUUUUUUGAGAUAAGAAAUAAAGAUGACUUGGAGGCGGUGAGGAAAGAAUAGUGUUGAAAGCGUAUGCUUAGGCCAGAGUUUAUUACUUAUCUUGACUCAUUGACCUCUCUCCAGCAGUGCAUGAGGUGGAGGACGCAACUUGUAGUGGAUUUUUAGACUGGAAAGCAUUUACCAUGGCAGCAAGAAUAGUGUGGUUAAAGUUUCUUGGCAGUUUGUACAGCUUCUUUGCCUUCAACAUACAUUAAAUAUGUUUAAAUAUUGCUUCUCUUUAUGAACAGCUUAAUCUGCAUAUUUUUUUGCUGCCUUGAAAAUGAAAUUGCAUCACAUCACUUGGCAGGAAUUAAGAAGAAACAUGAAGUGCAAGUUGACAAGGGAGCAUGAGAAAAACAAUUUGGAGAUGAAUACAGAAAGAGCAUGAUGAACUACAGAAUGUGUUCUGAGCAAGUGAGGUUGGAACAGUGUGUGUGAGAAAAAGUGAUGUUCAGGAAAGUGUUCUGCUUUUAUUUUUUCCCUUUUAAAAAAAUGCAGCACUGUGUAGUCUCGUAGCAUACCUCCCUCCUCCACCUCAACCCCACUCUCUUCACAUUCACUCCAUUCUGAGAAUACAGGUCUUUUCUGGAUAUAUUUUAAGCUGCUUUGAAGUCUCAGGAUAUCCUGCUACAUUCCAAAAGUAUACACUUUCAUAUGUGAUUGUCACCAAAUUGUAUCUGGAGUUAAAUUGGUUAACUUUGUGUUCUGUGUGACUGUAUGAGUCACUGCUUAUAAAAACUGACAAUAAAGUUACAUUUCUGUGUGCUAUACAA